ACUGUUAUAAUUACAACACCAAUCAAAACCCACAUUUUCAAUUAUUUUCCAUUUGUCUCUUCUUUCUUCUUUCCUAAUUCCGAAUCCCACGGAUUUCACUUCCAUUCAAAGUCAUAGCUACCUAGAUCCAAUCCAAUCCAAUCCAUUCCAUUCCAUUCCUCUGGUUGAACUUGAAGAGUUGAUUUUGGUGUUGGAGGUUCAGUUUUGAAGCCUUGCAUGAUCUGAAAGGAAAUAAUUAAGUAAAGUGUUUUGUACUUUUUUUAAGAGAUGAUGGCAUCAGGUGGUGUUGCACCUGCUUCUGGAUUUAUAGAUAAGAAUGCAAGUUCAGUUGCUGUUGAAAAGUUGCCUGAGGAGAUGAAUGACAUGAAAAUUAGGGAUGAUAAGGAAAUGGAAGCUGCUACCAUUGUAGAUGGAAAUGGUACUGAAACUGGACAUAUAAUUGUCACAACCAUUGGUGGUAAAAAUGGCCAGCCAAAGCAGACAAUAAGUUACAUGGCCGAGCGUGUUGUUGGACAUGGAUCUUUUGGAGUAGUUUUUCAGGCAAAGUGUUUGGAGACUGGAGAAACUGUGGCUAUAAAGAAGGUUCUUCAAGAUAAGAGGUACAAGAACCGGGAAUUGCAAACUAUGCGCCUUCUGGACCACCCUAAUGUUGUAUCUUUGAAGCAUUGCUUCUUCUCCACGACUGAAAAGGAUGAGCUUUAUCUUAACUUGGUGCUUGAGUAUGUUCCUGAGACUGUUAGUCGUGUGAUCAGACACUACAACAAAAUGAAUCAAAGAAUGCCUAUGAUAUAUGUCAAACUUUAUUCUUACCAGAUUUGCAGGGCACUUGCUUAUAUUCACAACAGUAUUGGAGUAUGUCACAGGGAUAUUAAACCUCAAAAUUUACUGGUCAAUCCUCACACCCACCAACUGAAGAUAUGCGACUUUGGAAGUGCUAAAGUCUUGGUAAAAGGUGAACCAAACAUAUCUUACAUCUGUUCUAGGUACUAUAGAGCUCCUGAGCUUAUAUUCGGUGCAACUGAGUACACCACAGCCAUCGACAUCUGGUCAGCUGGUUGCGUACUUGGUGAACUUUUGCUUGGCCAGCCACUGUUUCCUGGUGAGAGUGGAGUAGACCAACUUGUGGAAAUUAUCAAGGUUUUAGGUACCCCAACAAGGGAAGAAAUAAAGUGCAUGAAUCCUAAUUAUACAGAGUUUAAAUUUCCUCAAAUCAAAGCUCAUCCAUGGCAUAAGAUUUUUCACAAGAGAAUGCCUCCUGAAGCUGUGGAUCUUGUCUCAAGACUAUUGCAAUACUCUCCAAAUCUUCGAAGCACAGCUUUGGAGGCUUUGGUUCAUCCAUUCUAUGAUGAGCUUCGUGAUCCAAACACUCGCUUGCCUAAUGGACGUUUCCUUCCCCCAUUAUUUAACUUCAAAGUCAAUGAGCUCAAGGGAGUGCCUGCCGAGAUGCUGGUGAAGCUGGUUCCACCUCAUGCAAGAAAGCAAUGUGCCUUGUUCGCGUCAUCAUGAAGCAGCCUUGUGUAGUUAUUACUAUUAUUAAGUACUUUCUUCUACCUGUGUAAAAGUGUAUCUAGUCAAAAUUCAAGUGGUUAAAUAGGUUAUUUCUAUUUCCUUUCUGUUUGAUUUGUUCUCACCCAACCUACCAUCCAAUUUAUUAUUAUUUUUCUCCCUGCAUGUAGAAGAAAGCUGUGCUGUUUGAGAAGCAACUUCAGCUUGAUUAUUACUUUGUAGGAUCUGAUGUGUUCACUCACCUUAACAUGAACCAUUGUUUACUUAAGUGAUAGACUUGAUCACUA